GCCAAAUAACAGUCUCUGCAUGUUCUCACAUGCUUAUGCGCCCACCCUUCGACGCUCAUGUAACACCCGCGCAGCCCAGCGGAAUGAUCCUGCAAGAGCGCGUGGCCAACGAGAGUGCCCGCUACGGUGACAUCAUUCAAGCGGACUUUCGCGACACGUACCGGAACCUGACGCUCAAGUCCGUGUUCCUACUGAAGUGGGCCUUCAUGUACUGCUCGCGUGCUCGAUUCCUCUUGAAGACGGACGACGACGUUUUCGUCAACAUGGAAAACCUCGUGCGCCUGCUACUGGCACUGGGAAGAGGAAAGCGCCCAACAGGGCCCUUCGUCGUCAGUCACAUGAAACGGAACACAAUUGCCGAACGGGACUUGUCGAACAAGAACUACCUGCCGCAAUCGGUGUUCACCAACGACAACCUGCCUCUCUACGGUUCCGGCACCGCCUACGUCAUGUCCUGGGACGCCGUGCGACCUCUCUUCACGGAGGCUCUGGUGACGCCGUUCCUAUACGUCGAAGACGUCUUCAUCACUGGACUCGUGGCCCAAAAGGUGUGUGCUCAGGCGCGGCCGCGCAUGAGUGAAUUGAGGAAUGUUUCCUUACAGCGUCGCUGCGCCAGACGCUUUUUCUAACUGCAGGUGUAACAAGCGCACCAGUAUACGAAAGAACUAGCCUAUAUUCUACGUUUUAUUACCAUUCUCUAACUCGUGCAAAUACCAAGAAAAAAAAAAGAAGCUUGCGAACAGAAGUCACCACCGUUCAUCUGCGCCAUUGUCGUAUACCUGCCUUUUGACGUUAGAAGCUGCAGAGCGCGACGUCAAGAAAAUUCGGAGACGCUGGCGUCAGUGUUACGACAUACGACAAAUAUUUACGCGAUUCAUACUAUAGUAUGGCGUGUGCGCGAAUAAUCAGUGAAACCGAGGGGCUAAAUUUUUAGUGUCACAACCAUAUGAAGCCAACAGAGAAUGGAGUCAAGGAAAUAACGCAAGAAAAAAACAGCUUUUCUUUAUUUUGAGUUGAAAUGUAGAAAUAAUUAUUCACAAAAUUAAAUUUUAAUCGAUAUUUAAAUUAUAAAAAUCAAUUAAUUAACCCUACGAUCUCUUUUUACGUCAUUUGUACUGCCGUGAGUUUUCUUUCUUCCUUUCUUUUUUUUUGUGUGUGUGUAUAACAUCAUACCACGCAAAUUUUCUGACGUCACCUCGCACCUUUGGUUAUGAAAAUGCAGCUUAUCUAUACGGUUU